AUGGACGGCCCACCCCCUCCUCCUCCCCCUCACGGCGAGAAACCGAACACCACCCACGGCCACGAAUACCGGAAAGCGUCGGACCUGCCCGAAGGGAACUACGACAUCUUCAUCAUUCCGCCGCAUUCGUCUGGGUCAGGCUUCCUCUAUCUCCCGUCGCUGCAAUGCCAGCGGAAUAGCUUCGCCGCGGGCUCGGUGUGCACCCUGUUGCUUGUCCUUGUGUGGUCUUUUAUAUCGCCCAUUUUCAAGACGUGGUAUAUGGCUGCUGCCGCGAGUGGCGGCGGCGGCGGAGGGAUGGGGAUUGGUCUCUUAGGGAUUGGGGUUGGCAUUGCGGGAUGGGGGUUCGGCGUGUAUCAAGCUGGGUUUGGGGGCUCGGGGUUUGGAAGAAAGGGGGGUGGUGCUGGCUCCGGAAGUGCC